AUGGCUGAUUGGGGAGGAUUUACCGAAGAAGAUCUUCGACAACUCGUCUACCCAGGCAAGAUAGACAUGGGUAAGCCUCCUGGGAGCACUCCUAAAAAACAGGCUAAUUUGGGGAAGCAAAAGGGCAAAAAUCGAGACCGGGGAUUUGGUCAGCAGAAGAAGCGAGUGACCCUUUCUGAUGUUGUAGAAGUAAUGCCAGUUGAUCAAAUGCUGAAACCUGAUAGUAUGUCAAAUGGAGAUGCAGGAUCUGCAGCCACAGGUGGAAAAGAUGAAACAAAAUCUCACCCUGUAAAACCCAAAAAUGCAAUGACCCCACCCAAGUCGGUACUGAAGCCAUCAAAACCCAUUGAACGACAGAUUUCACGGACCAACUCUAAUUCCUUUGGAAAUGAUGAGAAAUUGGUGAAUAACUCUUUGGACAGUACUGAAUCUUCCAGGGAGUUGAACGAGGAAGAAGCUCUUUCCCGAGAAUUAAAUCAAAUCAAAAAAUUUCAGCACCAACAGAAGUUAAUUGAAGAAAAGAACAAACAAACUAAAAAUCUUCUUGCACAGGCAAUAAAAGAAAGGCGUGCCAGAGCUGAGACUGAGGCUCAUUUAUUAACUGAUCUUCAAAAAGAAUUGUCUCGAUUAGACAACCUAUUGACCACUGAUGUAUCAAUUAUUCGGGACAGGAUUGAAACGGCCAGUUUGGAGUAUACAGAAUCUCAAAAGCGUUAUGAAAGAGCAGAAAAAGAAUUUGUGGAAGCUAAAAUGGAUUUAUUCCGUCGAGCUGAAACUAAAGAGAAACUCACAGAACAUCUCUACACGAUAAUUUAUCAAAAUGAAAUGAGAAAGGCACAGAAACUCUCUGAACUAAUGGAAAUGUUGGAGUUGACCACAUCAGGAGAAGAAGUGGAGUGCAUUCUUCCUGCAAUACCUCCUAUUCCCAUCUACAAUCCUGUGCAGACAUUGUAUUCUCCCUGUAAAUCUGUUCAAACACAAGAUACUAAGGAUGCUGCUGGGAUAGCAAAUCAUGAAAGUGGUGACUCUGGUAAACCUGAACAAUGUGACCAGAAUGUAGUAGGUCAGUUGGUGUCAAAUGUCUCCGGUGAGAGCAAAGAAUCCUCAUCAGAAGUGUCUGCUUCACCCACAUCUGCAGACCUGGAAGAGGGCAAAAAAAAGCAGGAUGACAGUGAAGCACAAAGUUCUACCAAUGAAGAUGUACUUUUAUCCUCACAGGACUUGUCAUCACCUAAAACUGCUGAAGUGAAAAAUGUUGCCGAUCCUUCUGUGGGGUCUGCAAAGUCCAUGGAAUCGGAAACAAACAAGAGUGAUUGUGAUAAAGAAUCUGAUGUUGGCACCUGUGAUGUUUCUGAUAAUUCUAUACCAGACACUGCAAAACUAUCAAGUUCGCUUGAGACAAAUUCUGAACAGGAAAGGACUAGCAAAGACAAAACUACACUGAAAGAAUUAGUCCAAUGA